AGGUGGUUGUGGUGGGGCUAUGCAUGGUAUCAACAUAACACAAUACAAUAGGCUUGUGGAGACUGGAGAAUCAUAAGAAGAGUUUUCCUUUUUCUUUGUGGAUGGGAUUUCAACAAGAAAAAUGAGAACGAAAAACCCCGUAAAAUCCAACAAAACAUUGGAUUUUUUAUGCAUAUCUUUGUUGGAAUUAACAAGUCUCAUCUUUGGAAUAUCCAAGAAUCCUCCUAACUGGGCUUUGACAGUGUACAACUUUCAUACUAGAUUGUAUUUGGAUAUAGAUUUUGAAAUCUCGAGGUUAAGACUGAAGACUAGCAAUGGAUGAAAUUGUUCGUCCUCUUAAUACAAUUUUUUGUCCACCAUAUGAUGCCUUUAUGGAAUUUGAUUACAUGGAUGAGCUACUGUUAGGAGGAUUUUGGUUAGAUGGAUCUGAAUUCUCACAUUACAAUGCUUCGACUCUGAGUGGUCCAUUCGAUCCUUCAUUGGUUUGGCCUGAUCUAGAAGAGAGGCAAAGAUCAACUUUUCAUGACAGUCUGCCUAUUAAUAGUCCAUCCCAAGGACCAAAAAAUACUGCAAAAUCUCAUUCAGUUGUCGCGAAUGCUGCUAAUGAUGGGGGUUCUUUAGGCCAAUCAGAUCGUUAUUUAGUUGAAAGUUCGGAGCCGAGCAAAAGGUGGAUUGGACAAAGGGUCUCGAAAUCGGUAGUAGACCGUUUGAAUUGGGCACUUGGGUACAUAAAAGAUUACUCGAGAGAUAAGGAUGUACUUAUUCAAGUGUGGAUACCAGUUAACAGAGGUGGCCGGAGAGUGUUGACGACAAAUGAUCAACCUUUCACACUUGACCUUAAUUGCUCAAGGCUUGUCCAUUACAGGGAGAUUUCUGUGAAUUAUCAUUUCCCUGUUGAGGAGGCUUCUAAAGGGGUAGUGGGAUUGCCUGGACGGGUAUUUUUGGGUAAGGUUCCCGAGUGGAGCCCUGAUGUUCGAUUCUUUACAAGGGAUGAGUACUCACGAGUCGGUCAUGCACAACAGUACGAUGUUCGUGGAACCUUCGCCGUUCCAGUUCUUGAACGAGGUAGUAGCAAUUGCUUGGGUGUUAUUGAAGUGAUCUUGACCAAGGAAAAGAUGAAAUAUAGCGCAGAGCUUGAAAGUGUAUGCAAAGCUCUUGAGGCUGUUGAUCUCAGGAGUUCCGGGUUAUCAAGCGUGCAAAACGUCAAGACGUGUGAUUUAUCUUAUCAAGCUGCAUUACCUGAGAUUUUGGAGGUCUUGAGAUCUGCUUGUGAAACACAUAGAUUGCCGUUGGCUCAGACGUGGGUCCCAUGUGUCCUACAAGGCAAAGGGGGGAGUCGGCACUCGGACGAGAACUUGCUUCAUUGUGUUUCCACAGUAGAUUCUGCUUGCUACAUAGCAGAUCCCAGUACUCAGGAUUUUCAUGAAGCUUGCUCCGAGCACCACUUGUUAAAAGGUCAAGGCAUUGUUGGUAGAGCAUUUAUGACUAACCAACCUUGUUUCUCGUCUGAUGUAACUGCUUAUAGUAAGACGACUGAGUAUCCUCUGUCUCAUCAUGCGAAAAUGUUUGGACUAUGUGCUGCUGUUGCUAUACGUCUUCGGAGUAUCUGUACUGGUUCGGCUGACUUUGUUUUGGAGUUCUUUUUGCCAAAGGAUUGUAGGGAUCCUGAAGAACAAAAGAUAACACUCACUUCAUUGUCGAAUGUUAUACGAAAAGUAUGCCGCACCUUACGAGUUGUUACGGAUGAAGAGUUGCAGAAUGAACCUGUUUCUCCAGUUUGUGAAGUUGCAAAUCCUCCAGUAACUAUAUCUAGUGAAGAAAUUCCAAAGGUGGACACAAUGCAAUCUCUGAGGCCGUCUCGUGAGAUAAAGUCCUGGAAUGGAAAACCAAGAGAGAUUCUGGCUGAAAUAUCGUCACAAUUCAAGAAAGAUCAACCGGAUUCUAAUUCAAGAGCAGGUUUUGCAUUUGAUGGAAUCCCUUCAACAUCUGCUGAUGAUAGCUCACGGAGCACAAGUAAAACUGGAAAGAGAAGGCGGAAGAAAGCUGAGAAAACCAUUACCUUACAAGUUCUUCAGCAAUACUUUGCUGGGAGCCUGAAGGAUGCAGCAAAGAGUAUUGGUGUUUGUCCAACCACUUUGAAGAGGAUAUGCAGGCAUCAUGGAAUAAUGCGUUGGCCUUCUCGAACGAUCAAGAAGGUUGGUCACUCCCUAGAAAAGAUUCAACGCGUAAUAGACAAGGUCCCAGGUGCCUCUGCUUUGCAAAUUGGAUCCUUUUAUUCCAAUUUUCCUGAGCUGGCAUCUCCAAAUGUAUCGAGGAUUACCCAGUUUACAAAUUCAAAUCCAACUGAUUGUCCAAUGCCAUUAGGCAGGCAGCCUGAAAAUGACGUUUUUAGCUCCACUUCUGGUACAUCUAAGUCAACUUCCACUUCAUGCAGUCGGAAUUUGAGCUCAAGUCAAUCUUAUUCUAGUGAGACACAGCAGAAUCCUUACACGUUUAACAUUUCUGGUUCAAUGGUUCAGGAAGAAUCUGUCAACGACCUGCUAAAACGCUCAAGAAGCGAAGGAAAUCUGCAUUUGUCAAGUGAUGUAACAAACUUUCGUGAGCCUUCUAGACAAGAAAGUUUCCCUCGUUCAUGGAUAGACAAUGGUACACAAUCUCAAGAUGGAGAUACUCAGAGAGUAAAAGUGACUUAUGGAAAAGAGAAAAUCAGGUUCCGAAUGAAAAAGAGGUCAGGAUAUGAAAAUUUACUGCAUGAGAUUGCAACGCGAUUUGAUAUAGAUGACACAAGUGGUUUUCAUCUCAAAUACUUGGAUGAUGACUUGGAAUGGGUAUUAUUAACAUGUGAUGCUGAUCUGGAGGAGUGUAUUAAUGUUUACCGAUCAUCUCAGAACCGAACAAUUAAGCUCUCUUUGCUUUGUGAUUCCCAACAGCACGUUGGAAGCUCGUAUGGUAGCAACAGUUUUUUGUGAUUAUAGUACAAAUAACUUGCACCUACAAAUUUGCGGCUGGUGCAGUUUGGAACAAGACUUUAUCCCUGCAAAAAGUUCAAAUUGCAAGGUAAGAACUCCUAGUACAUUAAUGCAUCGACAGUUCAUAAAGGCUAGGACAGUUUUUUUGCUCAUGAGACAAUACACUUGCUGGGGUACUAAUCCAGUAACAUAUGCUUACCUUUCUGUAAAGUCGAGGUUACACACAGACAUUGUAUAAAAUCCUUGAAACCGAGCCGUGUACACUGGAUUCUGAGCAAUGCAUGUAUCACCAUACUGGGGUUCUAUAGGUGAAUCUCUGUGUAUAUUGCACAUUAAUUGACUCUGUAAAAGUGUAAAUUGGUAUCAAUAUAUGGAAAGGCUUCGUUUUGUACAGUACUAUAUGGAAUAAUGGAAAGACUUAGUUUUGUCCAA